GACCGUACAUCAUGGAUCCAGCUACCUCGAUGAAUCAGGUGGGAAUAGCAAAAGCUGUUCAAGUCCUUGACUGGAACAACAGAAUCUUAACGCUACUAGGGAUCUGGCCUAGCGAUCCAAACAACCUAAGGUUUACCCUGAGUUUCGGUUAUAUGGCAAUCCAGUUGGCUUUGGAAUACGCGGAUCUUUUCCAAUCCACCAACACGUUUGAGCAUAUCGUUGCGAAUCUCACGCAAAACAUUACGUUCACAACAAUUGUGUUCCAAGUAAUGUUACUACGUUUGAACUGUCGACAACUCAAAGAAGUGAUCGUUACGGUGCGCGAGGACUUUCACGAGGAAAAUUAUGAAAGUUGCGAAGAAAGAAAAGUAUUCUUAGCUUACUACAAACAAUCCAGGAUAUUUUUUCUAACAGCAGUCCCAAUGGUACUUUCUACCGCCAUCACUAUGUACGUGGCACCACUCGCUAGUGUACCGGGAAUGAAGAAUAGAAAUGAGACCGUGAAAUGGAAUUUGCCGUAUCACAUGCGGAUGUUUCACGACGUGUCGCAACUUCACUCUUACGCACUGACGUACGCCGCUCAGCUUCCAUUUGUUUUCAUCGGGUCCUUUGGCCACACUGGUCCCGAUUGUUUAAUCGUAACUUUGAUGCUUCACGUUUGUGGCCAAUUGGCCGUCCUGGGGGAACGCAUCGGCAACAUGAGCACUGAUUAUCGAGAAUGCGGCCUAGCGAUAGAAAAGUGCGUCCGGAAGCACGUCAGACUGAUACGGAUGGCGAAAGAUUUGGAGGAGUCCUACAACGUCAUCUUGUUGGUACAACUCAUCGGAGGAACGGUUCUCAUUUGCAUCCUGACUUACAAUGUCUUGGCGAAUACUGGAACAGGACAAAAAGCUGACUUCCUUACUUUCUCGUUGUACGUCCUCAGCGUCUUGCUUUUGAUCUACGUCUACUGUUUCAUCGGCGAGAGCCUUAUUCAAGAGAGUACGAAAGUACAUCAUGCCCUCACUCAGUGUGCUUGGCACGGGAUGCCACUGAAAUAUGAGAAAAUGAUCAUCAUUUGCAUGGGGAGAGCUCAGCAGCCGCUCAUACUGACGGCUGGAAAAUUUUACAUAUUUUCUAUGAGGAACUUUACCGCUAUAUUAAGAACUUCCAUGGCUUACCUUUCGGUGUUGAGAAGCCUUUUAAUGAAGAUGUCACCUGUACACCCGCCCAUCCAGGUAUUAUUUGCAGCAAUCCCAAGGAUAGGUGAUUUAGAGAUGAAGAUCAGCGAAAACGCAGAAGAAAAAAUCGUGGAACUUAUUUGCCCCAAAGACAAAAUUUAUGUCGGGCAGGGCGACGAAGGGAUUGACUUUUUUGGAAUCAGGUGGCUACUUGAAGGAAGAUGGGACCAGGAGUCCCCUGUCCAGGAUUGGUCCCACCCCGCGUCGCACUCUCCAAGGGGGCUGUGGGAGGUUUACGAAGAGGGAGGAGUAACAAUAAAUCAAGCCGAUUCUCUGAUUAAGAUGGAAAUGUCGUCUGCGGUUCAACUUCUAGAAUGGAACGAAAAACUUCUAUCCUUGCUGGGUCUUUGGCCACUCAGUCAUAACGACACGCGGUUUACCCUCAGUCUAAUUUGUUUACUGACUCAUGUGACUUUAGAAUACGUAGACCUUUACAAACUCGGCAAAAAUUUUGAACACGUCGUGGCGAAUCUAUCCGAAAAUAUAACGUACACGACGAUCCUGGUUCAAGUGAUUCUUCUACGUGUUAACAGCCGGCAACUGGGACAAGUAAUCCGGGCGGUUAACGAAGAUUUUGUCGAGAUAAAUUAUAAAACAACUCUGGAAAAAAAAGUCCUUCUAGACAACUAUAAGAAGAUCCGGGUAUUCGUUGCAGUAGCAGUAACGUUGACACUCUCUACGGCAGUUACUUAUUACCUGGCACCUCUCGUUGGUCUGCUAGGAACCAUGAAAGGAAAUUCAACAAUGGAGUUAAAAUUGCCAUACCACACGUAUAUAUUCUAUGACGUGUCAAACAUUGAAUCUUACUCACUGACAUACGCCGCUCAACUUCCGUUCGUAUUUAUCGCGUCUUUCGGAUACAUUGGCCCCAAUACUCUUAUCAUCACUUUGACAGUCCACGUGUGUGGACAACUGUCCGUCCUUGCGGAACGAAUCAACGAUAUAAAUACCGAUGGUCAAGAGUGUGGUCUGGCCAUAAAAACGCUUGUCAAAAAACACGUGCGACUGAUACGAAUAACACAGACUCUGGAGGAGGUGUACAAUGUUAUUUUAUUCGGUCAACUUCUUGGAGGAAUGAUUCUCAUAUGUAUCCUGUUCUACUACGCUUUAGCGCACGCUGAGGGAGAACAAAAUUCAGAUUUCUUCAGCGUUACCUUGUACAUCCUAUGUGUGUUACUUUACAUCUUCGUUUAUUGCUUCGUAGGUGAACGUCUUGUCCAAGAGAGUACUAAAGUACAUGACGCGUUAAGCGCAUGUCGAUGGUACGACAUGUCAUCGGUUCACGCCAAAAUGCUAAUCAUAUGCAUGGCCAGGUCUCAGAAGCCGCUCGUACUGACGGCUGGAAAAUUCUACAUAUUUUCUAUGGGCAGUUUUGCAAAUGUAAUGAAAACCUCGAUGGCGUACCUGUCGGUGUUGAGAAGUCUCCUUUAAUGCAGCUAAUCCGAAAUGGUCUCAAUUUUGAAAUCGUCAUGAGAUACAUGAAUUAAUAUAGGUAAUGAUGUACAGGAACGAGUACAAUUAGAGAUUCAAAAAUUUGGUAGGAAUAUUGAAAGUACGAAAAGCAGUAUACACUGAUCGAUUUUUCCAAUGUUGUCCUGCUUAGCACAAGAUACGUGCAUUAAUUCUUGUAGCAUAUUUUCCCCAAAUAUUGAUCACUGAUGAAUUAUUUUCAUGCAAUAUCACGUAUGUUUCCUCGC